AAGAAACCCUGUAAGGCUUCAGCGCUCCAGUGCUGUGCUUAUCUGUGCUUUCCAACAGCCAAGCAAACCUGAUGACUGAAGAAGGGGCUUUGUGCAUUUUUAGAAUCAUUUUGACCCCGAAUACAGUUUUACUCAUUUGGAAGAUUCCUUUUGUUGGAUGUUGUCAAAACAUCAGCGGGCCCCAAAUCUGAGCUUCAUCCGUACAAUCUGGAGGCGCCUUCUCAACUCUGCCAUGCAGGUUUUGUAAACAGGAAACAUGAUUAAAGAUAACAAAGAAGCCGUUCCACUAAUGGGCAAGAAAACAAAUCCACCUGGUGCACCCCCUUCAAAUCAGCAAGAGAAGAAACCAACUGAGAGCACUCCCACAAAGAAAAGUUCACAUUUUUUUCUGGAGAUUGAAGGUUUUGAAGGCAAUGCAACUCCAAAUAAUAUAUCUCCCCCUGUGUUUUCAAAACCAAUGGAUUCGAAUAUUCGUCCAUGUGCGUCUGCAAAUGGGGAAGACAUGGAUUCCCCACAGUCUCUUCAGGAUGAUGUGACUGAAUAUAGCCCUAAUGUAGACAGUUGUUGUGCUAACAUAGCACAAGGACCUGAGCAGACAAGAGCCCGGAAGAAGCUGAAGAAAUACCUAUUUUGGGCAGUAUCUGAGGGGAAUAUUGAAGAAUUGCAAGGUCUGCUUGCAGAGCUGAAGGAGAGAUCAAAUGUCUGUACAAACAUGACUGUGCCAGAUUAUCUAAUGAAAAAAUUCACAGCUUCAGAUACUGGGAAAACUUGUCUGAUGAAAGCUCUACUGAACAUAAACAACAACACAAAUGAGAUAGUGAACAUGCUACUAUCCUUUGCAGAAGAAAAUGGUAUUUUGGAGAGGUUUAUCAAUGCAGCAUACACAGAAGAGGCGUAUAAAGGCCAGACAGCACUAAAUAUUGCCAUUGAAAGAAGACAGUUUGAAAUCACUCAGACUCUUAUAGAAAAAGGAGCUGAUGUCAACGCUCACGCCCAGGGUAUUUUCUUUAAUCCCAAACAUAAACAUGAAGGCUUUUAUUUUGGUGAAACUGCACUGGCUUUAGCUGCAUGUACCAAUCAACCAGAUAUAAUUGAGCUGUUAAUGGACAACACCAGGACCAACAUUGCUUCUCAGGAUUCCAGAGGAAACAAUAUCCUCCACGCAUUAGUUACUGUUGCAGAGGACUUUAAAACUCAGAAUGACUUUGUAAUCAGAAUGUACGAUAUGAUUUUGUUGAAAAGUAAAGACAGAAAUUUGGAAAAAGUGAAGAACAAAGAGGGUUUAACACCUCUACAAUUAGCUGCAAAAACUGGGAAGUUAGAGGUUCUGAAAUACAUCCUCAGCAGAGAGAUAAGAGAGAAACCCAACAGAAGCCUGUCAAGAAAAUUCACAGACUGGGCUUAUGGUCCCGUCCAAUCUUCUCUUUAUGAUUUGACAGAACUAGAUACCACUGCAGACAAUUCAGUACUGGAAAUUAUUGUCUACAACACAAAUAUCGGUAAUCGUCAUGAAAUGCUGACAUUAGAGCCCCUUAAUUCACUCCUGCGAAUGAAAUGGAAGAAAUUUGCACGACACAUGCUUUUUAUGUCAUGUUGUUUUUAUUUUCUGUACAACAUAACUCUGACAUUAGUUUCCUACCACAGGCCUAAUGAAAAUGAAGCUCCACCUUAUCCACUAGCUCUUACACGUGGUGUGGGAUGGCUGCAGUUAUCAGGACAGGUGAUGGUUAUGUUAGGAGCCAUAUUUUUAGCCAUAAAAGAGAGUGUAGCCAUCUUUCUGCUCAGGCCCUCAGACCUGCAGUCAAUUCUUUCUGAUGCGUGGUUCCACUUUGCAUUUUUUAUACAAGCUAUGCUUGUGAUCUUCUCUGUCUUUUUGUACUUGUUUUCCUACAAAGAACACCUGGUGUGUCUUGUUUUGGCAAUGGCCCUGGGAUGGGCUAAUAUGCUCUAUUUCACCAGAGGUUUCCAGUCCAUGGGAAUCUACAGUGUUAUGAUUCAAAAGGUCAUCCUGAACGAUGUGAUAAAAUUUUUAGUUGUCUAUAUCGUGUUUUUGCUGGGAUUUGGCGUAGCUCUUGCUGCAUUGAUUGAAACUUGCCAAAAUGGUGGCGAAUGCCAUUCCAACAGCAGUCUGGGACCUGUUCUGAUGGAUCUUUUUAAGCUCACCUUAGGUCUGGGUGAUCUGGAGAUCCAGCAAAAUUCCAAGUAUCCUGUGCUAUUUCUUCUGCUCCUCAUAACUUAUGUUGUGUUGACUUUUGUUCUUCUCUUGAACAUGCUGAUUGCAUUAAUGGGAGAAACAGUGGAAGAUAUUUCUAAAGAGAGUGAGCACAUCUGGAAACUCCAGAGAGCCAGAACCAUUUUGGAAUUUGAAAAAUUCUUACCAAAAUCUUUGAGGAAAAAAUUCCAACUGGGAGAGCGGUGUAAAGUGGCUGAGAACGACACAAGGGUCUGCUUAAGGAUUAAUGAAGUGAGAUGGACUGAGUGGAAAACACACGUUUCGUUUAUUAAUGAAGAUCCAGGGCCAACAGAUCCAAGCAAAGUUCAAGAUAAUUCAAGAACUAAUAGCAAAAACACCUUGAAUACGUUUGAAGAAAUGGAUGAUUUGCCUGAAACUUCUCUUUAGUUGUUCUGUGUUUGA